UCUAUUUUCUACUUCCGCUAUGCGCGGUUUUGUUUACAUUUUCAAUUUUCAAGAUGUUUCAUCAGCAGCGAAAGCGAUACAUUACAUGGAUGACCAUCAUUGAUGUAUAGGGCCAACGUUACUAGGCCUAGGCAGUGCUUAGGAAUUUUUGUAUAAUCCCUGUUAAAUCAUCCGGAGAAUAUUAAAUCACAAGAAUUUCCUUUUGAGUCCUUUCCUGAAACUUGGGGAAUUCCCUAAACUGAAACAAAAAUGGCCUUGAAAGAGCCUAAGAUUGUUGAAGGGCCAUGGAAGCAUCGAAUGGAUUCACAAGUUACAUCAUCACGGAACAAAGGAACUCUAUUUAAUAAUUAUGAUAAUCCAUGGAAAACAUGGUCAUUUCCAGGAUUAUUUGAUUUGCUAAAAUUGCAGCGUACGUUUAUAUUUGGGAACAACAGCAUAAUGAGGCCACCAGCUGAUAAACCUGAACUUGAGAAGAAUUUACCGGUGUUGAAACCAGACUGGACAACCCAAGAUGGUGGUGGGAUGGAAUUAACGUGGCUCGGACAUGCUACUGUCCUUGUUAGAUUUGAUGGCAUAAGCGUACUAACAGAUCCUGUCCUCGGCAACAGAUGCAGUCCUUUCUCUUUUGCUGGUCCAAUAAGGUAUCGUGAAGCCCCCUGCAGCGUUGAUGAUCUUCCUCAUCUAGAUGCAGUUGUCUUGAGUCAUGCACAUUAUGAUCACCUGGAUAAACAGUCUGUUGUUGACCUCAACAAGAAGUUUGGCUCCGAAUUGAGAUGGUUUGUGCCGCUAGGUUUACGAAACUGGUUUGUUAAAUUAGGCGUUCAAGACGUGGUUGAGUUGGACUGGUGGGACGAGGAACGCCUUCCACAGCAUGACAAUGUCAAGUUUGCGUUUACACCAACACAACACUGGAGUAAUCGUGGCCUCCAUGAUAAAGGAUCGCACUUGUGGGGAAGCUGGUGUAUCUUUGGACCGAAGCACAGUUUCUUCUUUGCCGGUGAUACUGGUUAUUGUGAGGCGUUUAAGGAGAUCGGUAGGCGAUAUGGCCCUUUUGACCUCUCUGCUAUUCCCAUCGGAGCAUAUGAACCUAGAUGGUUCAUGAAACCACAGCAUGUUAAUCCUGAAGAAUCGGUCAAGAUCCAUCAGGAUGUGGAAUCGAAGAAGUCCGUUGGGAUCCAUUGGGGAACAUUUCUACUAACCAAUGAGAAUUACAUGGAACCAAAAACCAAAUUGGAAGAAGAGAUAAUAAAGCAAGGACUUACUAUAGAAGACUUCUUUACUUUGAAUCAUGGAGAAACUAAAUGUUUAUGAUGUUUUAAAUUAUUAAUGUUUAAUAUUUAAAUUUUAUGGUUAGUAAGAAACUGAAAUAAGUGAUUGAAUAAUUUUAGUAAACCAUAGUGCAACAGUAUUUUCUACCGCUACCAAAUUUGAAAUCUUUAGUUAAGGUUCUACAAAAUGUUUUUUUUUAAAUGUAUUAUUAUUUUGCAUAUAGCGCCCUCUAUUGUUUUUUUACUCAGAAUGAAACAGCUUUGUUUAAAUUUUUUUUUUAAACUGUAACCCCACCCUUGUACCCCACUACCGGUUUUCUCUGUUUUUGAAAUCAUUGUGACAGCCUCUGCUUAUUUAAUUGAAAAAAAUUAUGGUAGUUUAUGUCCCAUGUGAUGAAAAAAAAAAAUUUAAGCUCUUGUUCAAAUCCUAAAAUAAAUAUUUUUCUUAUGGGCUGAUUGUCCUAAAAAUGCAUUUUCACUUGCAAAAUACUACACAAAAGUUUACAGUAAUUUGGAAAGAAAAUAGGAGCACAAAAUAUACAGCCACGCACCCAGAUGUCCCUGUUCCCACACCUUCAUUUUUAUGCCACAGAAACUUGAUAUCAGCAGAGAAACAAAGAAAAUUCGUUUUUACAGUUUUUUUUUUAUGACUACCUAAGUUGAUAAUUGCUUGAUUUAUACUUGAUAAACAACUAAUCAACUCAAUUAUAUAAAUCAUAAUCAAAAGUAUUGAUUUCUAGAUGGCAUAUUUUGUGUUUAUUUUGUAUUUAAAAUGGUUAAACAAUACAAAUAAUGUUAAUGCAUUAUGAUGUCUAGAAGUGUAAAUCUGUUUUGUGUUCCCGAUUUUGUAAAAUCCAAUUCUAUAAUCAUGUUGAAAUCAAAUUAGUGAAUGGAAUCUAUACAUAGUAAUGCUUAAUUAAAUUAUAUAUCACAUUGCACAGUGAUGCAUUACUAUUUUUCUUAAUUAAAUAUUUACAAACAUUGGUGAAGUCUUACAUUUUACUAUAUCAUGAAUAAAUUUUAGUCUAUUUUAAGAAUGAAAAAAAAUAGGAAACUUUUACUCAGGAAAGAGUAAAAUUGAAAGUCAGCACUGUAGGUACUGUUUAGAGUGAAAUUCAUAAUUUUAUAUUUAGAGAGAAAUUAUUAUAUUGUUGAUAUAUAAAUCUCCAUGAAAGCUUGCUGUAAUUAUUUUUAUGGCAUUGGUACCAUUAAAAGGAUGAAAUUACCAUGAAAA